GUGGAAGGGCUGUACAUGCGGGUGCGUGAGCGCCUCAACAUCACAGUGCAUCACCAGGAGUUCGUCGAGGGCGACCCUGACCACUACACCAAGCUACUGCGGGCCGUGCGGCGCAAGGGCAGAGUUAUCUACAUCUGCAGUUCUCCGGAUGCCUUCAGGAGCCUGAUGCUUCUGGCCGUGGAUGCUGGUCUAACUGGGGAGGACUAUGUUUUCUUCCACCUGGAUGUGUUUGGGCAAAGCCUUCAGGGUGCUCAAGGCCCAGCUCCCCAAAAGCCCUGGGAAAGAGGAGAUGGGCUGGACAGCAGUGCACGCCAGGCCUUUCAGGCUGCCAAAAUCAUUACUUACAAAGAGCCGGAUAAUCCUGAGUACCUGGAAUUUCUGAAGCAACUAAAACUCUUGGCUGACAAGCAGUUCAACUUCACCAUAGAGGAUGGCCUGGAGAAUAUCAUCCCAGCAUCCUUCCAUGAUGGGCUCCUGCUCUAUGUCCAGGCAGUGACAGAGACUCUGGCACAGGGAGGAGCUGUCACUGAUGGGGAGGACAUCACUCAGCGGAUGUGGAACCGAAGCUUCCAAGGUGUGAUGGGAUUCCUUAAAAUCGAUAGCAAUGGAGAUCGGGAGACUGACUUCUCCCUCUGGGAUAUGGAUCCAGAAACAGGCACCUUCAGGGUCGUCCUGAACUAUAAUGGGACUUCCCAGGAGCUGAUGGCUGUGUCAGAACGAAAAUUAUACUGGCCUCUGGGAUAUCCACCUCCUGACAUCCCUAAAUGUGGCUUUGACAAUGAGGACCCAGCCUGCAACCAAGACCACUUUUCCACACUGGAGGUUCUGGCUUUGGUGGGCAGCCUGUCUCUGCUUAGCUUUCUGAUUGUGUCCUUCUUCAUAUACAGGAAGAUGCAGCUGGAGAAGGAACUGGCCUCAGAGCUAUGGCGGGUUCGCUGGGAGGACCUGCAGCCCAGCAGCCUGGAGAGGCACCUUCGGAGCGCCGGCAGCCGGCUGACCCUGAGCGGGCGAGGCUCCAAUUACGGCUCCCUGCUGACCACAGAAGGCCAGUUCCAAGUCUUUGCCAAGACAGCAUACUAUAAGGGCAACCUCGUGGCUGUGAAACAUGUGAACCGGAAACGCAUUGAGUUGACACGAAAAGUCCUGUUUGAACUUAAACAUAUGCGAGAUGUACAGAAUGAACACUUGACCAGGUUUGUGGGUGCCUGUACCGACCCCCCCAACAUCUGUAUCCUCACAGAGUACUGUCCCCGUGGGAGCCUACAGCAGGACAUUCUAGAGAAUGAGAGUAUAACUCUGGACUGGAUGUUUCGGUACUCACUCACCAAUGACAUUGUCAAGGGAAUGCUCUUUCUACACAAUGGGGCCAUUUGUUCCCAUGGGAACCUCAAGUCGUCCAACUGCGUGGUAGAUGGGCGCUUUGUGUUAAAGAUCACGGACUAUGGGCUCGAGAGCUUCAGAGACCCGGAGCCAGAGCAAGGACACACCCUCUUUGCCAAAAAAUUGUGGACCGCACCUGAGCUCCUGCGGAUGGCUUCACCGCCUGCCCGUGGCUCCCAAGCUGGUGAUGUAUACAGCUUUGGCAUCAUCCUUCAGGAGAUUGCCCUCAGGAGUGGGGUCUUCCAUGUGGAAGGUUUGGACCUCAGCCCAAAAGAGAUCAUUGAGCGAGUGACUCGGGGUGAGCAGCCCCCAUUCCGACCCUCCAUGGAUCUGCAGAACCACCUAGAGGAACUGGGGCAGCUGAUGCAGCGGUGCUGGGCAGAGGACCCGCAGGAGAGGCCACCCUUUCAGCAGAUUCGCCUGGCUCUACGCAAGCUAAACAAGGAGAAUAGCAGCAACAUCCUGGACAACCUGCUGUCACGCAUGGAGCAGUAUGCCAACAACCUGGAGGAACUGGUAGAGGAGAGAACACAGGCUUAUCUGGAGGAGAAGCGCAAAGCUGAAGCCUUGCUCUACCAGAUUCUGCCUCACUCUGUGGCUGAGCAGUUGAAGAGAGGCGAGACAGUCCAGGCUGAGGCCUUUGACAGUGUUACCAUCUACUUCAGUGAUAUCGUGGGCUUUACAGCUCUUUCGGCAGAGAGCACACCCAUGCAGGUGGUGACCCUGCUCAAUGAUCUGUACACCUGUUUUGAUGCUGUCAUAGACAACUUUGAUGUGUACAAGGUGGAGACCAUUGGUGAUGCUUACAUGGUGGUGUCAGGACUCCCAGUAAGGAAUGGACAGCUCCACGCCCGAGAGGUGGCCCGAAUGGCUCUUGCACUGCUGGAUGCCGUGCGCUCCUUCCGCAUCCGCCAUAGGCCCCAGGAGCAGCUGCGCUUGCGCAUUGGCAUCCACACAGGUCCUGUGUGUGCUGGUGUUGUAGGGCUGAAGAUGCCCAGAUACUGCCUCUUUGGAGACACAGUCAACACAGCUUCAAGAAUGGAGUCUAAUGGGGAAGCCCUCAAGAUCCACUUGUCUUCUGAGACCAAGGCUGUGCUGGAGGAGUUCGAUGGUUUCGAGCUGGAGCUUCGAGGGGAUGUGGAGAUGAAGGGCAAAGGCAAGGUUCGGACCUAUUGGCUCCUGGGGGAGAGGGGAUGUAGCACAAGAGGCUGACCUACUGCUCCUGCUGUCCAUCUCAUCACCUCUCUUCCCUGUGCGGAGAUACCAGAGGCAUCUAGCUUCCACCUCUCCCACAGCAGCCCAACCACUGUGGAAAGAUUGGGGACCUGAGCUGUCUUCCAGCACAGUCACCAGAUGUGACCUCGGAGAGGAUGGAGACGGUGGGGGCAGGAAGGGAAACCCUGGAGCUUGUAGGGCUGACUAAAUAAAUGCACAGUCACUCCUGGUGGCACACUUCCCUGGCCCACCCUUACUCAGCUGCCAAAAUUGGGAAGGGGAUUUCUUCUCCUCCCUCAACUUGGCUCCACUGUAACUUUUAUAGGAAGGGAAAUUGCCACCUGAGGGGAAUAGAAAAGGAAACUCUAGGAGUUUGCAGGAGAGCAGUCAUGUGACACAAAUACUCCCUCAUUCCCACUCCACCCCCGCAGACCUUGGACACAGUGCACUAGGGAGAAGAAAGGCUAUGGGUCCCCAUGCCUUGGUUCUCUUAUGAGCAAAAACCAUUAAAGUCUUUAUUCCUGUGGACAGUCUCUUCUUGAGGGAGAGAGGGUUGCUAGGAAAUGGUCAUGUUCUUUCUCUACCCUCUACUUCCAAAAGAGUUACCUUCAACUUUGUUUCUUUUUGUUACAAAUUUUAUGCUUUUAAUUUUAUGAAUUCUAAUCAACUUUUGUUUAUGUGUAUUGUGUCUAUUGAUGCUGGUUUUGGUAAAGCACACCUUUAGCCUUUAGUCCCAGCACUCGGGAGGCAGAGGCAGGUGGAUCUCUGUGAGUUCCAGACCAUCCUGGUCUACAAGAGCUAGUUCCAGGACAGCCUCCAAAGCCACAGAGAAACCCUGUCUCGAAACACCCCUCCCCCCCCAAAAAAAAAGAAAGAAAAAAAAUCCAAAUAAAGUAUUGAGGAAGUAUCUCAGUGAUAAAAGGCUUGCCCAGCAUGUACAAAAGCCCUAUACCAAUUCUCUAAAUCACUAAAGAAAUAAGAAAACACAAGUCCUUAUGUAUUCAUACAUUCAACUUCAUAAUAAACUGUUACACAUUGUUA